AUGGAGCACAGCGACAGCUGCACGACAUGCAAGGAUCUCUUGAACCGCCCCAGCCUAGAUGACUGCCCAACCAUCGCAGACAUACACCGAUCAUCGGACCAAUGUGCCCAAUGCUCCAUCAUCUGGAAAGGCAUCUACAGACUACACGGGAACGACCAGAGCUUCCCGCAGAUGCUUGACGAAAACCUGGCCUUCGAGCGUAACAACGGUGCUUUGAGAGCGUCCGCUGGGUUUUCGCAUAACUCCGCGGGGAAGAUAGAUGUUGAAUUUUACAUUGAAGCUAGAGAGCCAGCGUGGGCUCAAUUCAAACCAGCGCUCCCUUUGCCUGCUCAAGCUUCGGACUCGAAUGUGUCAUUCAACCUCAUCAAAAAUUGGCUGCACAACUGCAACCAAAGUCACAAAUGCUACGAGGUACCUGUUGAUCUGGGGCCACUUCUCCCCACUCGGGUGGUGUAUGUGGGCUCAUCACAUGAACCAAAUGAGCUCAGACUACAUGAAAGUACGCACGACCAGCGAGGGAAGUACAUCGCACUCAGUCACUGCUGGGGCAAAACGCAAAUCAUCAGAACUUUAAAGGCGAACAUUGAAGAGCAUAAGAAGGGAAUAGCUUGGUCAUCUCUGUCGAAGACUUUCCAGGACGCCGUUACCAUUACCCGAAGAUUGGGAAUCCAAUAUCUCUGGAUCGACUCACUCUGCAUCAUUCAGGAUGACGGAGCGGACUGGGAACUGGAAGCGAGCAGAAUGUGGAGCGUCUACCGGAACGCUUACCUUGUCAUUUCGGCAACGUCAGCACCAGAUGGGACCCGCGGAUGUUUUUCCGAGAGGAAAGUCUGCGUGCUUGAAGCAGGCAGCAAUGAUGCCGCGUCCCCUAUUCGAGUCCUCGCAAGGAAGAUCACCGACCAUGGCCCUUUCAUGGGCCACCUAGCCUUCGGAAGCGGCUAUCCCAUCUUCAAGCGCGCGUGGGUGAUGCAGGAGCGCUUUCUGGCGGCCCGCAUGCUCCAUUACACAGAAGCGGAGCUGGUGUGGGAAUGCAUGGAGGCCUUCCAUUGCGAGUGCGGCGCCGACAUCAGCGAGCGGGGUGCAUGGUUCCGAGAUUCGUUCAAGCCUGCGUUUGCACUGAACUUCCGCAAGAACGACUUCCUCUCUCGGAUCAACAUCUGGUACCGCCUGAUCGAGGAGUUCACGGCCAAGGACAUCACCAAAGAAUCCGACCGGCUACCAGCCCUUUCGGGCAUUGCGCAGGGCUUACAGUGCGCGGAGUUGGGGACGUACAUGGCAGGGAUGUGGAGCAUGAGCAUUCCCGAGUCGCUGUGCUGGACCCCAGUCCUCGUGAUUGGUAAAAGACCGCAAGACCUUCACCGCAGGGCACAUCCGUACCGGGCACCUUCGUGGUCGUGGGCUGCCUUGGAAGGAGACGUGCAGUUUCAUGAUGGCCUGUUCGAUGAGACUUCGAGAGAGAGGGUUGUGAGGGUGAUUGAUGGAUGGUGCACGCCGAGCGGGCUUGAUCCUUACGGCCAAGUCAAAGGAGGUCAUCUUGUACUCUCAGCCCCACUUAUCAAAGCCACGAUAGGUAGCCAUUCGCUCGACCUGGGUGAUUUCCUGGAUGCCAGAUGGGGAUCACCUUCUGAAUACUACCACCUGACAAAAGGAAACACUACAACUCAUUUUCUGCCUGAUGUCCUGAACAGCGUCUCGGUAGGGCAGGAGGUCUUUUGUCUACCAUUGCUCUAUGCCAACAGUUCUGGAGAACGGAUGAACUGGGUGGGGCUCGUCCUGGAAGGGCCCUCUGAAAACAAGACAUAUACACGUAUCGGCUUUGUAGACGGAGGUAAUAUGGAGAUGUUGGAAGGUGCCUCGGAAGCUAUGGUCAGGGUUGAAUGA